AUGGGCCGGAAGAAGUCGCCAGUGACCCGCAACAAGAGCAUUAGCCGGCAUCCACAAGCCAAUAGAUCGACGUUGUCUACCUCCAGUCAGUCCUCGCUGCGCGGUCAGGCGUCCAUCAAGCAAAAGCUGACCGUUAUGGACACAGAGUCGUCGUCUGACAGCCUCCCUCCGGGCCAGAACCUGCACACAGCGCUCCCUAUUGGACGAGAAGCCCGCGUGCGACGACCGAAGCACCGACGCAAGCGACGCAGCAGUGGAGACGAUGUAGCGGUCAGUAGAUGCGAUGAUUCCAGUGACGAAGAGAGAGAAGAGGAAGAGCAAGAGCAAGAAGAAAUGAUAACCAUCUCCGCAGCAGAGCUUGAAAAAUGGCAGCAGAGGGUGAUUGCUCAUGUAGAAGAUCAUUUUACAAAUGAACAGCUGAAGAGAAUCGCCGAGUUCGGACGCGUACAUGGGACUAUAAUGCAGGAGGCGAGACAAUACGUGGGCAAUGUGGAGAUGCAGCUGAAACGUCAAUUCGAGGAAGAGCGGACAUCGCUUCGUGUUCAAGCAGAGGAGUACGUGGCGAAGGCCGAAGUAGAGAAAGAUUCAUGGCGACAGAAAGCAGGGGACUUGCGGAAGCAGGUCGAAGAACUACACAAGCAGAUAGACAAACUGGAGGUAGAAAAUGAUGCACUCAAGAUGGAGAAAGCUCAGAAUAGUCAGUCAGAGGAAGAACAGCAAGAGAACCGUGAACAAACUCUGCAGACUCACUCCCCACCGAACAAUCAGACGCAAGUCCAACCCGAAGGCGAAGUCAGUGGGAAAGUAGAAAACCAACCAGCAAAGGGGAAUGGAUAUGAACUCUCCGGGCCAGGAAGUCUCCAUCCACCGCUCGAUGGUAAACAGAGCCAACGAACCCAGCGCCUCAUCAUGACAUAG